GAUGCCUAAAUUGAACGCGUGACGACGCGAAGGAACACCAGAAAGAUCGCGUCUCCCAAUCUCCACACGCGAAUGUGGCGUGCGGCUGACCACAAGAGUAAAAUGCACAUAACCAUAGCCAUACCUCCCAUUUUCCUCCCCAGUUUUCAAAGUGUCUUUCCUCCUAGUAUUUCAGCGGUCAAUUGCCAUGUCUCUCAAACGAAAAGCCGCAGAUGCCGCUCUGGCAGAUGCCAAAAAGGUCAAGGCGAAUGGCAGCAUUACGUCUUUUUUUGGGCCGCCCAAGGUAGCUGCUGCCAAGACGAUCUUGACGACUACUAAGGUUGCUGCGAAGUCGGCGGAUGGCGAGACUACGGAGACUGUGGUAGGGACUAUUGUUCAAGAAGAGGUCAAGUCCUCGAGGCCCAAGUUUGACAAGAAGAAAUGGGCUGAGAAGCUCACGGCGGAGCAGAAGGAGCUCUUGGCGUUGGAGAUUGCGACGCUGGAUGAAAGUUGGUUCGCGGUGCUGAAGGACGAGCUGUUGACCAAGGAGUUUCUUGCACUGAAGAGGUUCCUGGUGCAGGAGCAUAUGGCCAAGAAGCAGAUCUUUCCGCCCGCAGAGGACGUGUAUUCCUGGUCCCGCCACACCCCCUUCCACGCCGUCAAAGCCGUCAUCAUCGGCCAAGACCCCUACCACAACCACAACCAAGCCCACGGGAUGUGCUUCUCCGUGCGCCCCCCCACCCCCGCCCCCCCCUCCCUAAAAAACAUGUACAAAGCCCUCAAAAUCGACUACCCCGAUUUCCAACCCCCUCCCAACAACGGCGGUCUCCUGACCCCCUGGGCCGACCGCGGCGUCCUCCUCCUCAACACCUGCCUCACGGUGCGCGCGCACGACGCUAACAGCCACUCCGGGAAGGGGUGGGAGAGGUUGACGCAGCGGGCGAUUGAUGCGGUUGCCGCAAGGAGGGGAAGGGGCGCGGUGUUUAUUGCAUGGGGGGCGGCGGCGGGGAAGAGGGUCGCGAAGGUGGAUCGGAAGAAGCAUUGUGUGUUGGUGGGGGUGCAUCCGAGUCCGUUGAGUGCGCAUAGGGGGUUUUUUGAGUGUGGGCAUUUUAGGAAGACGAAUGAGUGGUUGAGGGGGAAUCAUGGGGAGGAGGCGGUGAUUGAUUGGAGUUUGGAUGUUGGUCCGAAGGUUGCGGGUGUUUAGAUGGGGGAGCCUUGGUGGUGUUCUAGUGUGGAUAUGAUACCUUUUAUGUUCCUUUUUUGUUCUAAUGUUUGGCGUGGAUAUGCCUUGAGCGCGGACUAUUGUCAAACUAUACUAUAGUAUGAAGAUUACAGUUUUACG